CAUAUUCUGGGGCGUGGUCAGUACAGACCGCCUAUAGUAUAAAUAUAAAUUCAAACCAUGCUUCAAGUGCAUUCAUAUUCUGCUGAUAAAUGAGAUACAAACACUGUAGAAUUUCUGUGAAAUGAAAAAUGACCAGUACCUGGAUUUUCAUUUUGAUCUUCAGCACCAUAUAUGCAGUCCAACCUGGUAGAUGCUGGGUUACUGCACAAUCCCUCAGAGAGUCACGAGUUUAUCAGCCUGAUAAAGAGCUCAGUGUGAAUAUUGGAGACUCGGCUACUCUACGGUGUUGUAUUUCUGAAAAUGAACUUGGGAUAAUUGCCUGGUUUAAGCAACCAAACAGAAAAAAACCUCAGAUUAUAGUCACAGUAUAUAAAACCGCUGGGGAGAAGUUUUACAAUGAAUCCCAAAAGUCUCAUUUCCAAAUAGAAAGAUCUUCAAAUUGUUUCAAUUUGACCAUUUUAAACACCAUUGAGUCUGAUGAAGCCAUGUACUACUGUGCACUGACAACACCCAACCUUGUGUUUGCAGAUGGAACUUAUUUAAAAAUUAAAGUUGAUCAUGUUACUAUUUCAUCAGAAACAUCUAAACCAGCUCUGUGUGAUAAUUCAGUGGUGUGUGAACCAACACUGCAUGGAAACAGCACUAACAUGAACACACACGAGAAAACAGUGCUCGGUUUGGGAACGGCUUUGGGUUUGUGCGCACUUCUGAUUUUCUGUCUCAUUUAUUUCAUACUGAGGAGAAGAGAAUUAAAUACUUCUACUGAAGAUUCUCCAGGAACAAGGCAGGUACGUGAAUCUGAAGCUGAAGCACUGAAUUACAGAGCUUUGAAAUUCUCCAAGCAGGAAGCCAGAGCUGAAAAAAGGAAAACUGGCUCAUCAGAUGAGUGUGUGUACUCCGAUGUGAAAUAUAACUGCAAUAUGUAACACAAAUGAUUCAUAACACAUGGUACUAUUACACUGCAAAAAGGUGAAAAAAUCUCGACAAAAUGCUAAUUUAUUCCAUAUUUUUCAUUGCGAGAUAAAAAGAUUAUUAAACGAAUAGU